UGUCCAUGUAUGGCAUCAUGAAGGGUGGUCAACACAGAUCUCACUUCGGUGAUGGCUGAUAAGAUCGUGUCUCCUCAGAAUGCUUUCCUUGUCUUUCAUUGUCUUCUCCUCUCUCCACCCGUUACACAGCAAUCUACCCUAGCUCACAAGCUCGCAGUGAUUCGUCUUGCCAAGCUGGCAAUCCUGACACCGAUGACGAGAGCAAAUCUGACCGGAGAGGAGCUGACGGCUGAGCGCGCCGACAUGCUUGUCGAGGCUCGUCUCGCUGCCCUCCAUGCCGACUACGAGGCGACUCUGCGUGCUGAGCAAGACCGCGCCACAUCGCCAGCGGCCGACGGCUACGAGUGCCUCCUCGACAGCGAGCCGCACGUCAACCGUGGCCCGCUGAUGGAGGAUGAGGAGGGCUUAAGCACCAGCGACCCGUGGCAAGACCAGGAGCAGUGGGGAGAGUUCGAGGGAUCCCACGUGGCGUCGGAAGCGACCGCUACGGCUGACCCGACAGACGACUCGGAGAAGGAGUGGGCGACCUUCACAGACGGAGAGGACGACACUCACAAUGGGGAGGGAGGAGAGGGCAAGGGCAAGAGAGAGGGGAAGGAGAAGAAGCACCGCGGCACAUCAGCUGGCCGGCCCACCUCGGCGAAGAGUGAGCGCCCCUCCCGGCCGCUGUCAGCUGAUGAGAUAGCUCUGAUCAAGCAGACGAUGCAGCGCAUCCACCCGAGGCCCUCCACACGGGUGGUGUGCCAGCUGCCUGUCGAUGACGAGGGCUUCCUGCGCUUCUGCUUCUCACGCCGCAUGCAGGGCGAUGCCACUGGUGGGGCUGAACCUGCCGCCAAGAGGGAGGGGAAGGGGAAGAAGGGGUAGUGAGUGGUGGUGCUGUCGCGUUGUGAGAGUGGAGUGUGUCAUUUGAUUUGCGGUGGUUGGUGACAGGACAGCACUGACGUGUUUGUUCUUCGUGACUUCGUUUGAUGCAAUGAUGGAUGCGACGUGACUCCAAUGAAAUGAUGAAUCGCACAACGGUUACGUCA